GACGGGCAUUCUUCAAUGCCGCGAGGAACCCAAACAACAGACCAGAAAAUAACAUCCGCAUUGAGGACAACCUACCCAGCCUGAACGAAGUGUACAAUUAUUUCCAGGACUUUCUGUCGAGGUACUCAUCCAAUACACUGAAGGAAGGAAACUUGAAGAGGACGCUCUUCGAAAAUGUGAAAAAUAAUAAUUUCACCCUCGAUUUGAAAUUGGACGAUAUAUACAAACAACAGACUGUUUUCGAAAAUAACGAAAUAAGUGCAACCCCAAUUUCGGAGAGAAAAAUGAAAAAACCAGAGAAUUAUUCUGCCAUUUUGGCAAGGGCCCUCUCCGAAAGACCUCUAACUUAUUUACCUACUGUUGAGCGUGUAUGUUACGAAGUAUGCGAAACAGCUAAUAUAUUAAAUGAUGAAGAUGAACACUUGAAUUAUAUUCAAAUAAAUUUAUUGAAUACUUUUAUUAGGCCCACACCGAUUAGGGGUCUCCUAGCAGCUACUCAAGAAAGGUUUGUUGUUGUUCCAGGAAUUAUUGUGCAGGCUAGUAAACCACAACAUAAAAUGAGGAAAAUUACUCUCCAAUGUAGAUAUUGUGAUCAUAAAAUGUCAAUUGAUGUGCCAUUGUGGAAAGAUAAACCUCAGUUGCCACCCUAUUGUAGAUAUUCAUCUACCAUGAAGUCUUCUAUGGGAGUUGCUAACCCUAUGGAUAAUCAACUAGGAUGUAAUGGAGUGCUAGAGCCAUAUGUGAUAUUACCAAAUGAGUGUACUUUUGUUGAUAUACAAUCUUUGAAGAUGCAAGAAUUGCCUGAGGCUGUUCCAACAGGAGAUAUGCCAAGACAUUUACAAUUAAAUGCUACAAGAUAUUUAUGUGAAAAAAUGAUUCCUGGAGAUCGAGUAUAUGUUCAUGGAGUUCUUACUUCCUACAAUCCAAACCCUAAACCUACAAGGGCAGAUGGAACGAAUUUUUCUUACCUUCAUGUUUUAGGCUUUCAAAAAUAUGACGACAUGACAGGAAAUGAUUUAAAUUUCGAUGUAGAAGAAAGAAAUGAAUUAACGUUAUUAGCAGCUGAACAUGAUAUACAUGAAAAAAUAUUUAAGUCUGUAGCACCAGAGCUUUAUGGAAUGGAUGAAGUAAAGAAAGCUUGUGCGUGUUUACUCUUUGGAGGUACUAGGAAGCGAAUUGGAGAGGAAACCAAAAUUCGGGGAGAUAUCAACAUGCUGAUGCUUGGAGAUCCCUCAGUUGCCAAGUCACAAAUUUUAAAAUUCGUAAAUCGAUGUGCCCCCGUUUCGGUGUAUACAUCAGGAAAGGGUAGCAGUGCAGCUGGAUUAACUGCAGCUGUUAUGAGAGACAGUCAGGGUGUUUUCUCCUUAGAAGGUGGAGCCAUGGUUCUAGCUGACGGAGGAGUAGUCUGUAUAGACGAAUUUGAUAAAAUGAGAGAUGAUGAUGUGGUGGCUAUACACGAAGCUAUGGAACAACAAACCAUAUCCAUUUCUAAAGCAGGAAUUACUACCAUGCUGAAUAGUAGAUGUUCUGUCAUUGCUGCAGCCAAUCCGUCCUUUGGAUCAUAUGAUGAUUCGCAAGACACCACAGAUCAGCACGAUUUUAAGACAACCAUUUUGUCCCGAUUUGAUAUCAUAUUUUUGUUACGUAAUAAACAGGACAUAGAAAAGGAUACCCUUCUGUGUAACCAUAUCGUCGCCUUGCAUGCGUCAAAGCAUAAAUCUCAGGAGGGGGAGAUUUCUCUCUCUAAGCUGACUAGAUUUAUUCAGUACGCCAAGAAGGAAAUCGCCCCUCUGCUGUCUAAGGAGGCCAGGGACUCUCUGCGCAAUUUCUACGUGCAGACAAGAGCGGAGUACCGAGGGGACAGGCGUUCCGUUACGAAGAAAAUUCCCAUCACGUUGCGUCAGCUCGAAUCGCUCAUUCGGUUGGCGGAGAGCUUUGCCAAAAUGGAGCUUUCCCAGUUCGCCACGGAGAAGCACGUGCAGAUGUCCAUCGACCUCUUCUCGGCCUCCACCGCCGAAACGGCGAAGCAGUGCCUCAUUUUCGAGACCAUGUCCCCCUUGGAGCAGAAGGCCGUGAAGGUUCGCGCGAGCGAGCAGAUAUGUGCGGUGCACCAAGCGGAGGAUGCCAUACUGGGACGACUCGGAAAGGGGCAGAGGGCCUCGCGGGUGAAUUUAUUCAGGGAGUUGCAGCUAAGAGGAUUCGACCGAUCGGCUUUAUCCAAGU